CCAAGCAAACCCCAAACCAAACAAUUGCCAAAAGCCCAACAAUGGCCCUCUUAUCACCACCGCCCUCUAAGUCCAAGCCUUACCCAUUUUCGCCGCUUCCCCAAGCAGUUCACAGGCCGGGGAGAAGCACUUUCCCUGCUCAAACAACCAAAAAUGUAAAUUCCUUGUCUUAUACUUCAAUAACAACAAAAAUUGGCGAGGUUAACAAGUGGAAUUGUUAUGGACUGGAAGGAAAAGUUAGAUUUAGCAGAAGAGUAAUGCUAAUGCCAAUUGUGAGUGCAGCAGUGACGCAGCCCGUGUCAGAAAACGAAAGAGAAUCGAACUUUAAGAGGAUUCUUCUUUCUGAUGUAGUGGUAACCCGGCCUAGGGAGGUGCUUUGGGGUAGGAAAUGGAAUUCAGUGGAUAUGGCCUCAGCUGCGGUGGUGGUUUCUAUGCAUUUGCUCUGUCUAUUUGCACCAUUUACUUUCAAUUACGCUGCUCUUGGGAUUGCAUUUGGGUUAUAUAUAAUCACUGGACUUUUGGGUAUUACACUUUCUUUUCACAGAAACCUCUCUCAUAGAAGCUUCAAACUUCCCAAAUGGCUUGAGUACUUUUUUGCCUAUUGUGGUGCCCAAGCACUUCAGGGACAUCCAAUUGAUUGGGUGAGUACUCAUAGAUACCACCAUCAGUUUUGUGAUUCAGAGAAAGACCCUCACAGUCCUUAUGAAGGAUUUUGGUUCAGUCAUAUGAGUUGGAUGUUUGAUACCAACACCCUUACUGAGAGGUGUGGGAAGCCCAACAAUGUGGGGGAUUUGGAGAAGCAAGGUUUCUAUCAGUUCAUUCGUGAUACUUAUGUGAUCCAUCCCGUCGCGCUUGCAGCUCUGUUGUAUGCAAUGGGAGGAUUUCCUUACAUUGUUUGGGGCAUGGGGGUGAGAAUUGUGUGGGUAUACCACAUAACUUGGCUAGUAAAUUCAGCAUGCCAUGUAUGGGGAAAGCAGGCGUGGAAUACUGGUGACUUAUCAAGGAAUAACUGGUGGGUGGCAUUGCUUGCAUUUGGAGAAGGUUGGCACAACAACCACCAUGCGUUUGAGUAUUCAGCUAGGCAUGGAUUAAAAUGGUGGCAACUUGACAUGACUUGGUAUGUCGUAAGAUUUCUUCAAGUUAUUGGAUUGGCCACUGAUGUCAAGUUACCAACUGAUACUCAUAAACAGAAGCUGGCGUUAGCUGACAGUUAGGGAAAACACAAUAUGUAUCACGAGAAAUUUAGAUUCUUGAGUGACUAAUUACUGUAACUACGUGGGUGAAGCUUCUUUCUUCUGCUCCUCCAUUUUGUAACUACUUGGAAUGAAAGCUACAUUUGCUA